CGAUUUGUUAGGCACAAUAAGCUACUUUGAGUACGAUAAAUCUAUUUACAGUUGCUUCAAGGCUGUGUGUGCGUGUCAUCGUAUUUCACUCGAGCCUUUAAUCCUUGGCUCAUACCAGAUUCUGAAUGGCUUUAUUAAUAUUGAGGACUGCUCACCUUAUGUAGGCUAGAUAACCAAUGACACUUAUAACAAAAGUAUAACAUUAUUUGGACAAACCAUUGACUGGUGGGACAAAGUUGCUCCUUAGCAUAUGGGUUAGUCUACUCACUGACGCCGUGCCGCGAGUGAGUCAGCACAUUGGUGAAAGACGAAAGAAAGUCUGAGUGACUGAGAGAGUGGUAGAACGAUACGAUACUGUAGUUGUUGCUGGAGCAAACGGGUCGUUUUUCCACAUUUGCUGUUCAACAUAGAAAAUGGCUGUUCCUGCAAGCACACAUCUACAAAUCAACACAGAAGCACAGAGUGGCCACUCGGUGUCUGCUGAAAACAGUAUCGAUAUUGACGAGAAAGAGUUGGAAAAUAUCGCUAAGAAUCAACACGAAGACGGGGCAACGUUGCCCCUACAUUCCCCAUGGACAUUUUGGCUCGACAGGUCGUUACCAGGGACAACAGCAGCAGAAUGCGAGUCUAAUCUGAAAAAAAUAUACACUGUAGAAACUGUGCAAAGUUUCUGGAGUGUGUACAACAACAUCCCCUCUGUGACAGCCCUGCCCCUUAGAUGUAGCUAUCACCUGAUGCGAGGGGAGAGGAGACCCCUAUGGGAAGAAGAAAGUAAUGCCAAAGGAGGAGUAUGGAAGAUGAAGAUACCAAAAGACAGCACUUCCUCAGUUUGGAAGGAGCUGUUACUUGCUACAAUUGGAGAGCAGUUUGCAGAUUACUGUGCCUCAGAUGAUGAGGUUGUUGGCGUCAGUGUUAGUGUUCGUGAUCGAGAGGAUGUCGUUCAAGUCUGGAAUGGGAAUGCUUCUCUUGCGAGUGAAGCAAAUAUUUUGGGCAAAGUCUAUGAACUACUUCCUAACAUCACUUUUAAAGCAGUGUUUUAUAAAUCUCACAGGGAACAUCAUGCCUUUGAAGGAGGACGUUCAAGACAGUAGCUCCUUAUGCACCUGAUGCACUUUUUCUUGGCAGAGCUCAGUUCUGGCCUGGGCAUAAUACAAUGCCCACAACUCAAGAUUAUCACCCAGCAUAUAUUUCAAACCUUAUUGAUAUAUUUUUUAUGGAAUUAACUGGUUGAGUUUCCAGUCUGAUGCCUUUUAAUCCGUUUUUCAUGUAAAUGAACUCUUGAAUCAGACUAUUCCUCAGAGAUUGUAUUUUUAAUGCAUUUCCUUUCAUUUUUUGGAAAGAUACCCCAAUCCCAUUGUACUGAAGGAACAUAUAAAGAAAGACAAGAACAUUCAGAUAUGUCACUCAUAGGGGCACCAUGAGACACUUUAAGGAACUCAGGCUCUAUUUCAGCUCCUAGUGAAGCAGUAGUUCUGCUUUCUUUUCAUAUGUUCUUGACUGUGCUGCACUGUCACUGCCAUACUGUCCGCUCAGCAAGUCAUACAUCUCUUCUCACAUUCACUGAAAUUGAUAGUCUGUAGAAACGGCACAUAAAAUUAUACAGGCUCAUCUUUCCCCUUUUUGGUCCAUCAAGAAAUGUAACUCAUUUCUUACAAGACUAUUCUUUAUCUUUGUUGUAAUUUUUCAUAGUUUGAUCCAAAGUGCCAAAAUAACCUGUUGGGCACACUUACAAAGAACACACUGCACAUCAUUUUAUCUUAUUAAAAGUAUACAUAGUGGUCAACAAUGCCAUAGGCACUAACUGUAUUAAUGUGUUCAGCACCAUCCAAUGUAUAUCUUUUUAAAAUUACUUUUUAUGGAAUAAUGUUUGCAAUAAGCUUACCGUGUUAGAUUUAAAGUCACUUUACAAUGUUUUGAAUUCAGUCAAAAGUAAAUAUUAUGAAAAAUAAUGAUUUUGUACCUCACCUCUUUGCUUUUAUGCUUCUGUAAUGAAACUCUUUCUGGAUUGUUUAUAGAUGUACAUCUUUGUUGCUAGACCAAAGAAAAUAGUUUCCCCUGGAACAAAAGUUUAGUUAGCCUAAUACUCUAAAUCAACUGCAAAUGGUGUGAUUGACAGCUUCUUGUAGAAAGAUGUAAUAAUGCUUCACUUGAUCAAGGGGUUUCUCAUCUAUACAAGGUUCAGUAUGCACCAUACAACAACUAUACCUUCAUUUUGUCUGUGUUGGGGGGUGAGUUUUUACCUGCAUUUCCUUUUCUCCAAAUCCAAUGCACCAAGAAUGUGAAAAAUAAUUUCAGUUGUGUGUUAUAAGCACAGUUUUAAGGGUCAUAUUUAAUGUGGAAGAUGUGUAGAUCUUUUAGGUAGCUAACCUAUAGUUUUCAGGAGGUUGUCUAAUUACUUUAAGGUUCUGUAAGUGAGGGAUACCGUUUGUCUUUUUUUUUUUAGACGUGCCUUAUCUGUACAGGUUUUCAAUUCUAGAAUGUUCUCUCUAAAUGUAUGCAAUAUGUCCUAAUGUUUGUCAGAUACCAAUUAUUUGACUUUUUAUGUUGACAAAAUAAAAUGACCCAUUUGA